GCCGYUCCCGUGGCCGCCAUGCUGCCGUACGGCACCGCGGGGGCUGAUGGGAACAAGCUGGAGGUACCGUACMACAGGGCGCCGCCAUCUUGUUGUACGGAACGGCGGGUGGCGUGAUGACGCACUUCCGGCGGCGCUGAGGCGCGCGAUUUGAGCCCCAAAUCCUCGGGAUUUUCCCAACGGGAAGAAAAUUCCCAAGGGAUGGAUCCCGAAAAAGAAAACCUGGAAUUUCCCUCCUCACUGGGAAUGUGGCAAAAAAUCGGGAAUGACGACGGGAAAAGGGAUUUUCCACAGGGAAUUCUGGCCCAUUUGGAAAUGCUGGAAUUCCGAGCUCGCCGUGAAGCCGUGGAGCAGGAGGAGAAGGAGCAGCGGGAAGAGAAAUCGCAAUUCCUGAAAUCCAAAAUCCGGGAAUUGCGGCUGCAGCGGGAUCGGCUCCGGGACAAACUGGAGCAGCUGGAAAAACCGCUGGAAAAAGCGGGAAUUCCGUCGGAUCCGCCUCUUCCCGGUUCUCGGGAAGUGCUGGAGUGGAAAAUCCGGGAUCUCCAGAGCCUUCUCCGGGUUUUCCAACUCACCGGUGUCAGCGGUUCUGUCUCCAAGCACGGGCUCUGUUUCUCCAUCCUCACGGCGUUCCGGAGCUCCAUCCUGGCUUCGUUCCACGUGGAGCUGCAGCUGCAGCCUCAGCUCCGAUUCCUGCCCCGGGAUCUGAGAGCGUUCCUGGAGCUCCUCUGCGCACACCUCAACGGCUUCAUGGGGCGGAGGCACCAGCUGGAGCAGCUCCAGGAGCGUUUUCCCGACUGUCUCGUGGGCGCUCCCCGUGGGAAUUCCCUGUGCAAUCUCCUGAGUUUCCGGUACCGCGUUCCCGGGAAAAAUCGGGAAUUGCCAGAAUUCCGAGCGCGGCUCCUGUACCGGGAUCCAUGCGGGACCCUCCCCAGUGACGUCACUGUGACCUGCGCCUGUGAGUGUGGGGAUCCUCCCCAGCGAUGUCAGUGUAACCUGCGCCAGUGA